AUGGAGAAUAAUGAAGAUAUGAAUUCACAACCAGAGCUAUUAAUUGAUGGAACCAAGAGUUAUAUGUAUGAACAAAUGUGGAAUAUAUGUGCUGGACCUUUGUGUGAUCUUCCAAAGCCCGCAGAAAAGGUUUAUUACUUUCCUCAAGGGCAUAUUGAGCUUGUUGAGACAUCAACAAGAGAAGAGUUCGAUGAGAUGAGGCCAAAUACUAAUCUGCCUUCGAAGUUUCUAUGUCGUGUAAUUGCUAUUCAGCUUAAUGUGGAAAAAAAUACAGAUGAAGUUUAUGCUCAAAUUUCUUUGAUGCCGGAUACAAAUGAAGUUGUAAUCCCAAUUACUAAUGAUAGUAGUCGAAAGCCAAAGGUUUGUUCUUUUACUAAAGUCCUAACGGCGUCAGACACUAGCACACAUGGUGUAUUAUCUCUUCCUAAAAAACAUGCCAUUGAAUGUCUUCCACCGCUGGAUAUGUCUCAACCAGUGCCUACACAAGAACUUGUCCUAAAAGAUCUUCAUGAUAAUCAAUGGAAAUUUAAACAUACCUUCAGAGGUACACCGCAGAGGCAUCUAUUCACCACUGGUUGGAAUGCGUUUGUAACAUCAAAAAAAUUAGUUGCUGGAGACCAUUUCAUUAUCCUUAGAAGAGAGAAUGGAGAACUGCUAGUUGGCAUUAGACGAGCGAAGUACGAAAUAGACCACAUACCUUCAUCUGUAAUAUCAGCGCAAUGUAUGCUACAUGGAGUCAUUGCUUCUGUAGUAAAUGCAUUCAAUACAAAUUGUAUGUUCAUUGUGGUUUACAAGCCAAGGUCAAGUCAAUUUGUUGUUAGAUAUAACAAAUUUGAAGAUGCAUUGAAGAAUAAGUUUAAUUUCGGGUCGAGAUUUAUGAUGCGGUUUGAGGGUGAGAAAUUUUCUGAAAAAAGAUACUCUGGGAUUGUUAUUGGUGUAAAAGAUUUGUCCCCACAUUGGAAAAAUUCAGAAUGGAGAAGCCUACAGGUGCAAUGGGACGAGGUAUCACCAUUUCCAAAACCAAAUAACGUAUCAGCGUGGGAAAUUGAACCUUUAGUACCUUCAUCAAAUAAUUUCCAGUCAACUUUGCUCCAGAAAAAAAGCCCUUGUCAAACGGGUUCAUCAUCAUCGAUUGUUUUGACUGACAACAAAAUUGGACAACCGAACAUGAGUUCUCCAGAGAAUGCUCCUCAGCUUUGUGAUCAUGACGUAGUUGAUGAUUCCAAGGUUUCUUAUGGUUCACUAAUGAGUUACAGAGUCCCAACCAUGCCCAACCCGAACUGUGCUAACGACCAAAUUGUUCAACCAGUGCAAGAAAAUAUAACUACCGAUGCAACCACUAGUUGCAUGUUGUUUGGAGUUGAUCUUCUGGCCACACCCUCAAAAAAAUGA